GGAGCCCUUUGUGUUCUUUCUUCGAAUCAAGUGAAGUGUGAAGUUGCAGAAGGGAACUGCGAUUAGCAAUGGCAUCUCAGACGAGGAAGAGAGUGGACGCGGUUGAUUCUCGCUCUGCUUCCGUUCUUGUUCGCGCUAAAGAUGGCAGUGCUUUUUCGCGAUGCGGCGAUUGCAAGAAGAAUGUGCCAGUGGCGCUUAUCGACAUGCACAAUUGCAGCCUUGAGGCUAAAAUCAAAAUGAACCUUGAUGCGCAAGUUGUGGACCAGGCUGCCGACGCUAAGAAGCAAGAGAGGAAGAAACCGAAAUCUAAAGAGCCAAAGGCAAAAAAGGCUAAGGUAGAGAAGGGAAAGAAGGUCAAGGAUCCUAACAAGCCUAAGCGUCCUCCCACGGCCUUCUUUGUCUUUUUGGAUGAGUUUAGGAAAACGUUUAAGGAAGCUAAUCCUGAUUCAAAGGAUGUUAAAAGGGUUGGGAAGGAGGCUGGCGAGAAGUGGAGGUCAAUGAGUGAGGAAGAUAAGAAGCCUUAUUUGGAUAAGGUUGCUGAACUCAAGGCAGAAUAUGAGAAGGCUAUGGAAAGCUAUAAAGCCGGUGAAGUUGAAGAAGAUGAAGCUGGAUCUGAUAAGGAAACUGCUGUAAAAGAAGUGGAAGAGGAGUUAACCGAUGAAGAGUAGUGAUGGCGCUUUGGCACUCCUUAGAGUUUAUAAAUGUUAUGGAAAGGCUGCUGAAUUUCGUAGUCAGACUAGGUUGUAAAUUUUGAUAUGUUUUAGUUUGGGGCUAACGUUUAGGUGUUUCUUUUUAAAAUGCUUUUGAAAUCCCAGUGCAACAUUUUGUUUUUGUAAUGUUCCCAUGAAAUAUUUGAUGAAUAGUAGCCACAUUGUUUUCUACAA